AUGAAGAAACGAAGGGAGGUAGUCUACCAGAGAUGUCGAGCAGAGGAGGUGACUUGUAGACAGGAGAAGUCACCGGUCAUGGUGGAGCUCAGCCAUGAGAGCCAUCUUGAAGAGCUUGAAGUUCAAGGGUUCCAGUUGAAGAACAGCCUUACCGGAGACGUCGUGGCUUCGUCGAUCGUUGAAGGUUGUUGGGGUUUAGGAUUCAGACUGAGACAGAGACAGUCACUGUCGCGAAUGGAGAUCAUCCGGAGGAUGAGAUACGGUGGUCGGAAUCACACCGGAAGUAGGUGA